UUUAUAUUAAAAUUAUUGAACCAGAAUCAAUCUAAAAAUUCAGCUAACUUGAAAGCAUUCAUGGACAAGGAUAAUGGUAAAAUUUUGGUCGCUUAUAAGCUGCUUAAAAUGCUCAUUUUUGAGGGGAAUCAUAUCAUGAAAUAUUUCGGGUAUUUAUAUUCCACUAACUAUCUUUGUCAAUACUUUUUGCUCAAAAAUUUUAACUCCUUUUUAAAGAUAACUCAAAAAUUUACUUUACUUGAAAAACAAAAUUUGACAUCUAAAAUAUCUGUAUCAGAAAAACUGAUAGAAAGGCUAAAGGAGACCUUUAAGCUUUAUUCUGAAGACAAAGGUGGUUAUAUCACCCAGGAACAAUUAGGAACCAUAAUGCGGUCCCAUAAUCAGAGCCCAACUGAGGAAUCCCUCCAGGAAAUCAUUGAAAAUUUGAAUCUCCUGAUGAAUUAAUCGACCUCCCAAAAUUCCUUAAUCUCAUGUCAAUGUAAUGCAGAGACCAUGACUCACAAGAAGACCUCGAAGAGACCUUCAAACACCCCACUCCAAACAACAACGAAUAACCCCACACAUCCCCACCUGCAUCACCCGACCACUCAUCCCCCAAAUCUUCCAACCAAAAAUUCAAUAACCC